AUGUCUGCAAGCAACAGUAUAAAAAAACCACAAAGCAGCAGUUCCAAUGACAAUAAUUCAAAUGAAAAGGGAUCUCCAGAUAAGGACUAUAAGGAAUAUGCGGGAAUUGGACCAGAUAUUAUAAGAAGCUAUGCUGAACAGGCAAUGUUUGAAACACAUUUGACUGAAGAUGUUUGUAAUACUUUGAGUGAAGAUAUCAAUUAUAAACUUCGUUAUAUAAUACAUGAAGCUUUGUUAAAAGCUAGACUAUGUGGAAGAGAUUCAAUCUCAUCAAGAGACAUUGAAGAAUCUUUUAGCAAUUUAUCUAUUGAAAAAGUGUAUGGGGCACCAACAAAUCCAAACUGGGUGCCAUUUUCUGAUAGUAACCAGACAUUUUAUUAUUUAGAUGAUAAUCUUGUGAAUCUCAUAGAGAUGACAGAAGAGGAAAACUCUUAUGUUCAGUAUGGUGAUGUAGAAAUAACAAAUAAAUGGUAUCCUGAUUCAGAUCCGAAUAAUUCAGCACUGAAAAAUUAUUUUACAGUAGCCUGCCAGUCUGUGAUAAGUGGAGAUGAGGAACUAAGGAACAUGGUAUUAAAAGAUAUAAGUGAAAAUCCUCAAGUAGGACCAAUUGCUCAGUGGUUUUAUCACUUUGGAUAUUUCUUGCUCAUGAAGAAUAUAACUUAUGAUUCUCUUACUUUAAGGGCUUUAGAUUUAAUAGAAAUUUUAGAAAACAGUCCUUUAAGCAGUGCUAGUGUUUCCCCUAAGCAGCUUAAGCUCUUGGUUAGGUUACUACUGCAAAGGUUAUUGCUAACAUAUUCUUCCCCAGAUGUAUUAAAGAGAUUAUGUUUCACAUUAUCUAUAUUAUGUCUCAGACAAUCUCUCAAAGAAAUGGCAAUUGCAAAGAUUAACCAAAAAUUAGAUGCAGUUGCAAACAAUGCCAUACUUUCUAUUGUUACAACCAUUUACUAUUUGGGAAUUGAAGCUAUCAGAGAAAUUUUUAUACCACAAAUUACCUUUUUUCUUGAUAGAGUUGCUGCUGAAAGUAACAUGGAUUUGGUGUACUUUAUACUAGCUAUUUAUGGUCUUAUUUGUAAGGCCGAGCCUGGCGAAACAUAUGUUCACAAUUGGUUCGAUAUACUAAUACCAAAUGAGUUAGUUAUUUAUUGGCACCCGUUAAAAUAUGAAAAUAUUGAAACAGAGAAACUAGACAUAAAUUUUGUAGCCGUAAAAUCUAAGCUAAUCAAAAUGAGGCGGAAAGUAGCUUACCCGACAGGAAGAAACUGCAGAUUUAAAAUGGAGGAAGUUUUUACAUUACCUUCCAUCAACUGUAAAAUAAAACGAAAACUCGAUCAGUUUAGGACAGGAAUGAAGGUUUAUAAAAAACAAACUCACAUUACAGUUGGUAAAACAAGUUUACUCUUGUCAGUAUUAAAUAGUAAUAACAAAAAUAAGUUACACAAAUGUUGUGAUCAUUCCAUGUUAUCCUAUAAUCUAUAA